AUGGCGAGUUCCGUUACUGAGGAAACAGAGUGCAAGGUAGAGAAUAGUGCCGUUGAUGAAAUAACUGUCAGGUGCAUAACUUCAAUUUUAUCAGUGUUUAACUCAGUCUCCUCUAAUGUAACAGUUCAAGACGCAAGAGAAAAAGAGAAAGCGAAGCGUUGUUUCUCUGAACAAUGGGAAGACAGUGAUGUGAUCCUUGUGGUGGAAAAUGAGCAGUUCCAUGUCCAUCGUCUGAUAUUAAGCUUGAACUCACCAGUGUUCAAGGCCAUGUUCAAAUCUCAGUUUAAAGAAGCAACUGCUAACGAGAUUCUGCUGCCUGGAAAGAAAUCUAAUGAGAUGUUGGACUUCCUGACAAAAGUGUACAGACCCCAUCACACUAAAAGGGAACUACAAAUCACAAUGGAAAAUGUGGAACAUCUUCUGCUACUAAGUGAUGAGUAUCAAGUAACAGAACCGAUUUUCAAACCCUGUGUUAAGUUCCUCGAUGAAGAGCCAAAAACCAUGGAAAAUGUGAUAAAGAUUCUUUCGCUUGCUGAGUUGUACAAUCUAGAGAAAGUACGCCAAGACUGCAACGAUCUGCUGAAAGGUAUGAGCCUCGAGACUCUUUCUGAUACCGUUCAGUUUCAAAGUAUUGACAGGGAUAAACUACAGCAUCUCUUAACGCAAAGAAUUGAGUUUUUGGAAGGAUUACUGAAGGAGGUCUACCCACAAUUCAUUGGCUUGGCAGAGUGUUGUAUGUGGUUGUGGGGUGAAGCAAGCAAGGACAUGCCGGAAUUGUGCCGUACUCAUUACCGUAAUGGAAAACCAAAUACCAAUCUUGAAGAUCGUUUCAAGGAAUGUGAUGAAUGUCGAUUAAUACUAGAAUACAUCGCUAACGAUACUUGUCCAACUAGACUCAGGGGCGGGUAUUUGGAUUAUUCUAAUACUUAUGGUACUUAUUAUACUGAUAGGCAUCGCUUUGACGGCGAAGUGUCAAAAAUCAUUCACAAGGUUUCUCAAUCAAUGCAAAUGUGAGAAAGUAUUAAAGUAGUUGUAUACAGCUGAAAAUGAUAUCUCACCGGACUGAGCGUUUUCACCCACCAUUAAGAUCUCGGAGUUUUAAAACCGAAUUUGUCAUAGCCUCUCAUAUCUUACUCGGCAAUAGUUGAAGUGAGAACCUUAUAUCUUGAAUUGCAUAUCUUUAUACAAUACUUACUCAUCGAUCGCUUUCUAUUGUGAAUGAAUUGAAUUGAAUUGAAUCUUUA